AUGCCAAUCUCAAGCCUCGACGACACCAAUUGUGGCCCUUCCCAGACUGUCUCCGAUUGCAGCUCCACAACAUCCGAGUUGAAGGCAUCCGAGAGAGCCUCGAAAAACUCCACUUCAACUUCAUCAAGGAGAACCAUGGCAAAAGCCUCAUCAAUUUUAUCCACAAAGGCUACCAAGAGAACCUCUUCAACUUCUACAAUGACAAGCACAGAGAGCCCCUCCCCAUUUCCUUCAACCACUGCUACGGAGAAAUCUCCUUCGUCCUUAGUCACAACAACCACGAAGGGCUACUCUCGAACUCCCGCAUCAUUGACAAUAAGACACGGUGGUAAUGCAACGAAGGAAUCCCCCCCUAUGGAUCCGCUUGACGUGAUUACAGUCUUGAUUUCAGUCUGCGCGCCCUUCAUUACGGUGUUUCUUGCCGUGUGCGUGUGGGCUGCUUUUAAACGUUGGAAGAAGCGAAAGGCAGCCCAGGAGGAAUCCAGAGCUGUACAGCUCGAGGAUUUUAGUGGUAGGAGUGGACCAUCGGUCGUUUAG